GAGUGAAAUUUUAUAUACCAUCUCCACGGCUGAGGCCUGACAACCCAACCAGAUUUUAGGUAGUUACCUCUGUCGCUUGCCGCUCGCUGCCCGCCUUCCCCCCUUCGCUCCGCCACAUCUUCCGCCCGCUUGAACUCCUAGCGGUAGGAUAUAUUUGCCGCUUCCCUCUGGCUCCUUGCGCUUGUACUGUAUCUUCCUCCUCCCCGGUCCGUUGGUUCACCCCCCUCGCCCCCUUUCGGCUCGAGUUAGAUCAUCCAUCGGCUGUAAAGCCGGCGGGUGGCUUCGCUUCGGCGCGCGGGACGGGGCUCGCUUUCCGGGAGGCCGCCCCUGCGACGACAGCCGCGCCAUUUUCUAUUCCAGCGGAGGGGGAGGUUCCGGGUCGUAGUGGUGCUGCAUUGGCUGCGGUAAGCGGGCUUCGUAUCGGCCAACAGGGGAGGUCCACGGCGGUUAGUGGUUGAGCCGCCGACUGCGUGCUGCGGCGAGUAUUAUCUAUCGAUCGCCAUGGCGGACAAGUGUGAUUCCUGGUGAUUCUCUCGAGCUGCCACUGGUGGGGGGAAGCAUGGCGGGGGAGGGCGUCGGGCGGUGCAUACUGGUGGGGCUGCACAUGGACGCCGUCGGCAAGGAGCUGCUGCAGUGGGCGCUCAACCAGGCGGCCAGGAGCGGCGACCGCGUCGUCGCCGUCCACAUUUACCGCAAAUCCGACCUGUGCAAGACGAACGCGCUGACGCUGAUCAGGACGCUGGACGACUACCUGGCGGAGUACGAGGCCAUCUGCAGCAAGAAAGACAUCGUCCUCGUGGGGCGGGUGACGCCGGGGAGCUCGAUCCAGAAGGUGCUGGUGAAGGAGGCAAAGCUCUGCGCGGCCAUGGCGGUGGUGAUUGGCGCCAACAAGAAGUACUCCUUCGGUGGCUCGACCGGCCUCGCCAAGUACUGCGCCAGGAAGCUCCCGCCGACGACCAGCGUCGUCGCCAUCCAGGGCGGCAAGGCCAUCUUCGUCAGGGAGGCCCCCCGGCCGCCACUUGGAGCAGAGCCCAAGCCGGUGCUCCGCACGCUGCUGCACCCCAGCGUCGGGAUGGAGCCCAAGGUGAUCAUCCCCAACCCCAACCGCCGGAGCGCGCGGUCCAUGGACUUCGACGCCGCGGGCUGCGGCCAGUGCGCCGCGCCGCCGCAGCCCAAGAAGCCCUGCGACGACGACGACGCUGCCGUCGCCAAGGCCGUCGUCGUGCGCGUGCCGGCGCCCGAGCAGAAGCUCGGCUGGCCUUUGCUCCGGCGCGCGCCUCCCGGAGCGCAGGCCGCCAAGGGUGACCACGAGACGACGCGCAAGCAGUCGGUGGUGCACUGGGUGAUGAGCCUGCCGCGGCGCUCCUCGCCGUCGGCGUCCCCGGAGCCGGCGCAGGAGGGGCUGGCGGCCGACCUGAGGCGGACACUGGGCGGCGCGCCGUCCCGGUGCCGGUGGUUCCGGUACGAGGAGCUCUACGACGCCACCAACCACUUCUCCCCGGGCAACCUGGUGGGCAAGGGCGCGCACAGCCGGGUGUACCGGGGCGGCCUGGCGAGCGGGCAGCGGGUGGCGAUCAAGCUGUGCCGCGCGUCGGCGGAGGCGUCCAAGGACUUCCUCCGGGAGGUGGACAUCAUCACCAAGCUGCAGCACGGCCGCAUCGUGCCGCUCGUGGGCGUCUGCGUCGAAGGCCCCAACCUCAUCUCCGUCUACCGCUACCUCCCCCGCGGCAGCCUCGAGGACAACCUGCACGGGAAGAGGUCGAAGCCGGCGCUGCCGUGGGAGAAGAGGUACCGGGCGGCGGUCGGGGUCGCCGAGGCUCUGAGCUACGUGCACUCCGGCUGCUCGCGGCCGGUGAUCCACCGCGACGUCAAGUCCUCCAACAUCCUCCUCACGGAGGACUUCGAGCCCCAGUUGUCCGAUUUCGGGCUCGCAAUCUGGGCGCCGUCCAGCCCGUCGUCCCUGACGCACAGCGACGUCGUCGGCACGUUCGGGUACCUUGCGCCGGAGUACUUCAUGUACGGGAAGGUGACGGACAAGGUGGACGUGUACGCGUUCGGGGUGGUGCUGCUGGAGCUCCUCACCGGGCGGAGGCCCAUCACCGGCGACGGCUCACCAAAGGGCCACCACCAGAGUCUCGUCAUGUGGGCGACUCCGAUCCUCAACGGCGGCGACAUCUCCGACCUGCUGGACCCGAGCCUGGACUUGAAGCACGACGAGGUGGAGGUGCGGCGGAUGGCCGUCGCGGCGUCGCUCUGCCUGGGGCGAUCGGCGCGCCUCAGGCCCCCGAUAUCGCAGAUACUGAGCAUACUGCGGGGAGAAGAGGACGCGACGAGCCUGGCGGCCUCGGAGCCGGACUGCGUUGUGGACGACGAGACCUACCCGGCGGCCAACGUGAGGUCGCACCUAGGCCUGGCGCUGCUGGACGUGGAGGACGCCGAGUCCAUCUCCAGCACCGAGCACACCAACCUCAGCCCGCUCGAGGAGUACCUCAGACAACGCUGCAGCCGAUCCUCCAGCUUCGAUUGACCUUUUGUUCUUUUUACAUUUUCUUCUCCUUUCUGGAUGAGUUUGGUUGUCUUUUGUUCGAGUUACAAACUCAUGUACAUAACAUAAACAAAGCAGGUGCCACAUUUCAGGCACCCAGGGACAUGAUAGCCGACAGACAUGCCACCCACAGAGAAAAAACAAAGUGAAAAAUGGAA